AUGUUACUCGCGCUGACUCACGACAAGCAAUCCUGCCUCUCAUCCGCCUGGGGUUCCAACCCCAGCGGCACCAUCACGGCCUCGUCGUGGUGGCCCGCGCAGUCGGACUACUGCGGCGACGCCGACGCCGGCAACAGCGUCGGCUCGUGCAUCGAGGGCGCGUGCGCCAAGACCACGACGGCCUGCUCGUCCUACACCUCGCUGUCGAGCUCGCUGUGCUCGCGCUACGCCAGCUGCACCAAGGCCGGCAGCACCGGCGUCCAGACCGUCACGUACGCGGGCGGGCCGGUGACCUGGGGCGCGCCCGGCGGCUGGGGCAACGGCAAGGGCUACAGCGGCGGCGGAAACUGGGGCCACGGAAGUGAAAAUGGCAACCAUGGCAUUGGCGGACCUCCUGCCGGCGGCAACUGGGGCGGCGCCAACGGCUCGGACGCGGGCUCGUACUGGUCCGAGUGGGCGAGCGCGUACAGCGGGUCCAAGACGUGGACGGGCGGCGUCGUGACCGUCACGGGGUGCGCCUUCGCCGGCUCGCCCUGGUUCGUCGGCCCCGACUGCGGCUGGAACGGCCAGGGCGGGUUCAACGGCUGGGUCGGCUGGGGCUCGGGCUGGAGCUGGGGCCCGACGGCCACGCAGACCGUCACCUACACCACGACCAACGACCACGGCGCCAAGAUCACCGGGACGGGGAUGGCGACUGUGGCCUUGGCUGUCAGUGGCGAUACGACGACUUCGACGACGCUGGGGACCAUGGCUGCUAGUACGGGUGGUAGCGACGAGAGUGCGGCGGCACCGCGGAUGAUGGGGGCGCCGGGUGCUGAGGGCUCGGUUGUUACGGUUCUGAUGGGUGUUGCGCUGGGUGCUGUUGUUGCUGUUGCUGGUAUGCUGUGA